AUGGACCGUGGCAAGAAGCGCAAGCCGAUGACUUGGCCGAAGUGGAACGGUCAACCCGAGUCCUUCCACUUCUACCUCGACCGUCUGGUAUUUAAGUACAAUACCGACGAAGAGGAGGGCCUAAACGGCAAUAACAACGUCGUGUGGUACGAGAUCCUGCAGACCUUGCCGGAUCAGAUGAUGAGGAGAGUCGAGGGUUUUUGGAGGCAAGAGAGCGCGAAGGGCAACACAGACCCCCGGAAAUUCUUCUCGCACCUAGCCCAGACGUUCGGCAGCGUGCAGCAGACAGAGAGGGCGCAGGACAGGCUGCGCACCCUCAUUCAACGAGACAGCCAAGAGUUUGGGAAGUUCCUCCCUGAAUUCGAGGAAACAUUGACCAAAGCGGGCGGCGCGAGCUGGGAUAAUGCUUCCAAGCUCGCAUGGCUACGGAACUCGAUCUCUCCUGCUCUCCGUGAGCAACUAGUCCCGGUUAUCAUGCCGAAGGACUACAACGAGUACAUCCAACGUCUACACCCGAUUGCUUGGGCGUUCGAGCACACCGCGAAGUUUAAGGCGUUGCAGAGGAAGCAGGGCUCCCGCGGGCAACGUGACCAAGGGCAGGCAUCAGGCAUCGGCAACAUCCAGGUCGCCGGUAACGACAACACCCCGGCACCGUCAGCAACGUUACCCGCCGAGCAGAACGCACGUGACGCACGCGACCAUGACGGCGACGUAAUAAUGACGGUUACACGCACUCAGGGCAGGGUCAGAGAGGACGGGCGAACGGCCAGGGUCAAGUGGAACGAGCAAGACGGUUCGCUUCCAGCCUAG